UCAUUAUUUCUGCCGUAACCAGUCCAAUCCCACGCAACUCGAUGCGGGACUCACCUCUGAACCCCUUCCGGUUUAUCGCAUGCUUCCCCUACAAUUUAGCUAGCUAACAUAUCUGAAACAUAAUAUAUAGACAACGUUAGGAGUUCAUAAAACACUUUGGUUCCAUAAUUUAUACAUUUCAUCAUCUGAAAUUGUGACGGUCGGAGAAAACAUGAAUAUUCGCAACGCGAGGCCGGAGGACCUUAUGAACAUGCAGCACUGCAACCUGCUGUGUCUCCCAGAGAACUACCAGAUGAAAUAUUACUUCUACCAUGGACUGUCCUGGCCACAGCUCUCCUACAUUGCUGAGGAUGAGAAUGGCAAAAUAGUGGGAUAUGUUUUGGCCAAGAUGGAGGAGGAUCCAGAUGAUGUCCCCCAUGGUCACAUCACAUCCCUGGCUGUCAAGCGCUCUCACAGACGUCUGGGUCUGGCUCAGAAGCUGAUGGACCAAGCCAGCCGAGCUAUGAUUGAAAACUUCAACGCCAAAUAUGUCUCACUUCAUGUCCGGAAAAGUAAUCGAGCAGCCUUGCACCUGUACUCCAACACACUGAAAUUCCAGAUUAGUGAAAUAGAGCCCAAGUACUAUGCAGAUGGGGAGGAUGCCUAUGCCAUGAAGAGAGACCUAGCUCACAUGGCUGAUGAGGUCCCACAGUUGAGGAAGCCAGGAGUGAAGGCACUGGGUCAGGAGACCCUUACUGCUAUGACCACACCCGGUGACCAGGAGAAAGAGGGAGAGAGGGACAGUGGCGGAGAGAGCAAAGAACUCAGUGAAGUUAGCGAAGCAACAGAGAGCACAGACGUCAAAGAUUCAUCCUCUGAUUCACAAUGACUCUGACCUCUUUAGUAGCCAUUUUUAAAUUUCACCGUUACUUAUUACACUUUUUAUCUCUUUCCAAAUAGGAAAAAACAGAUUUGACUUCAGUCUUCCCCAGUGUUCAUCUUCAACUAUUCACCUCAGUUACUUUGUAUAUCUUACCUUUACAACAUACUGUACAGUAAUAUAUAUUUUACCUUCACACCGUACAGGAACAUAUUUUACCUUCACACCGUACAGGAACGUAUUUUACCUUCACACCGUACAGGAACGUAUGUUACCUUCACACCGUACAGGAACACAUGUUACCUUCACACCGUACAGGAACGUAUGUUACCUUCACACCGUACAGGAACAUAUGUUACCUUCACACCGUACAGGAACAUAUGUUACCUUCACACCACCGUAC